CGGGGUGACGCAACUACACCGAGAUUUCCACCGCGGGGUAGGAUUAUUCCGAAUCUUUCAAGCUACAUUAGUUGAAAUUUUACUCGCCAAUCUUUCUUGAUCGUCCUCAACCAUCUUUCACGCGUCAAACUCCCCGGCAGCUUUUUUGUGCAUAAUCACCGCGUUUUCCAACAUACUCUCAUCCCAAUUUCCUCAACCAAAAUCUUCCACAUUCAUAAAAUCGUCAAAAGACUACCGUCAAGAUGUCAAUGUCCAUUGAAGAAUGCCAGACACCCCGCCCGGGCUUUCCUCGCCCGGUGCCAGACACACCAACGAACGUCAUGGAGCAGUUCAGCAUGAAAGGCAAAGUCAUUGUAGUCACAGGCGCCGCAGAGGGAAUAGGAGGCGCAGUCGCAGACGCCAUGGCUGAGGCAGGAGGGCACGUAGCCCUCUGGUACAACUCCAACGAAGCCGCCAUCCACAGAGGCAAGACACUAGCCCAAGCGCACAACGUCAAAACGCAAGCCUACAAAGUAAACAUCACCAACGCGGAAGCCGUGCAAGCCACCAUCAAGCAAGUUGUUGCAGACUUUGGCCAAAUCGACGUUUUUGUUGCAAACGCAGGGACUGGCGACUCUCAACCGCUCCUCGACCAGACCCUAGACUCGUACCACAACCUAAUGAAAGUCAACGUGGACGGGCCCGUUUUCUGCGCAAAGUACGCCGGUGAAGUCUUCAAGCAACAAGGCUUUGGCAACUUGAUCCUCACAUCCAGCAUCUCCGCGCACAUUGUCAACGUGCCCGUCGACCAGCCCAUCUACAACGGGACCAAGGCGUUUGUCUCGCACCUAGGAAAGUCGCUUGCGCGUGAGUGGCGCGAGUUUGCGCGCGUCAAUAUUGUCUCGCCUGGGUUUUUCAACACCAAGAUGGGGGCUGGGCCGCAGGUGAUUACUGAGGGGUUGAGGAUGAUUCCGCUUGGGAGGCAGGGCGAUGUCAAGGAGAUCAAGGGCUUGUUUUUGUAUUUGGCGAGUAAUGCGUCGACUUAUGUGACGGGGAGUGAUGUGCUUGUUGAUGGAGGGUAUGUUUUGCCGUAAAGGAUGCGUGUAGGUGGAAUAGUCAGGUACAGGAGAAAACGUAGAAUGAAUUUAGAUUACGAGAUAACAUGCAAAGAUUACGACCUUUAAAGGUACUACUUGAAUAUACUCGCUCG